AUGGUUGAUACGACAAAGGUUCAAGUUUUGCUGGUAGGUUCUGGUGGUGUAGGCACCAUUGCUUCACUGGCAUUGGAACAGUCGCACCAGGUCGAGGUGACUUCGGUUAUCAGGAGUGAUUACGACAUUGUAGUAGAGAAGGGGUUCACUAUCGAGUCGAUUGAUUAUGGUAAUUUAACAGGCUGGAGACCAACCCGGGUGGUUAAAACUGUUCAGGAGGCUGUUAAUGUUGCCAAUGGCCGACCUUAUGAUUAUAUUGUCGUUUGUACCAAGGUAUUACCUGAAAUUUUUAAGACCGAGGAUCUGAUAAGACCCGCUGUACAGGAUGCAAAGACCAUCAUUGUCUUGAUUCAAAAUGGAAUUGACAUUGAAAAAUCAGUAUCUGAGGCAUUUCCUGCUAAUGUUGUGCUAUCGGGAGUAUCAAUGAUUGGAUCCACCAAUUAUGGUGGUAAAAUUGUGCAGUUUGAACACGAUAAGCUGGGAGUCGGCUAUUAUAGCUCUGAGACCACUGAUAGUAAACACAGUAAGGAUCAACUUGAGGCAGAGGCCAAGAAGUUUGUUGAUCUUUAUUCUGUGGCCUGUAAAAACUGUACCUAUUAUCCAGACUUGAAACGAGCCCGCUGGAGAAAACUGGUAUACAAUUCUACGAUCAACACCAUCUGUGCACUUACCCAAGUCGACACUGGUCGGGCAUAUCUUUCUCAGCUGGAUCAUGCACUUAUCUACCCAGCCAUGGCCGAAAUCAUAACGAUUGCCGAGACAGCACUAGGAGAACCACUUGAUAAGGGCAUUGAUAAGAUCAUGCUCGAAUCGGACGACGGGUUCUACUAUAAACCAUCAAUGCAGGUGGACGUUGAUAAGGGCAAUCCUAUUGAAGUAGAGGCAAUUCUAGGAAACCCUCUACGAACUGCCAAAGAGUUGAAUAUCAAGACUCCCGUGCUCACUGUCGUAUAUAACCUGCUGCGUGCUCUCCAGUUCCGACUCAUGGAGUCUCGCGGAUACAUCACCGUCCCCGAAAACCCUUCUAGAAAGGUCAGUGCUCCUCUCCUCGAGCCUACCACACUUCCAAUAGAACCUUGA